GUUAUCUAAUUCAGUUCAACUCAAAUCAAUUAACACUAACAUCAUUCUUUACAAUUCUCAUAACAUACCCAAUGGGUAACCAAAUUUCACUUCGUCCCUCUGAUGCAACCUGCAAAAUUGUUUUCUGGGACGGUUCGGUUCGCAAAUUUGACCAACCGGUAAUGGUAGCAGAGCUCAUGUUGGAGCACCCUCAACAAGUAGUGGUUGAGUUUCAAGAAGGUGUGAGCCAGAGAAGGCCAACUCCAUUGCCUGCUGACAAGAAGCUGGACAUGAACAAGGUCUAUUUGAUGGUUCCGAUGAAGCGAGGCAAGCCGGUCGGUUUGAGCUGCGAAGAGAGUCGCCGGAUUCUCUUGAUGGUUAACUCUGCUCUGCAUUCUAAGUAUCUUGCUUGUUCUUCAGGGUUUAUGCCCCGGCUUCCCAGUUUGUGCCAGAACACUAGCAUUGUGGAGGCGGGAACCGGAGUUGGUCGGAGAAAGAAAGAAGUGGAGAUGGAGGAGAAGGAGGAGAGGGACCAGUUUGCUGAGAUUUUAGCAGAGAUGUCAGAGGGGAGGCCAGAGUAUUUGAGUUUAAGUAGGCAGUUGUCAGGGAAGGAGUGGAAGCCUAGCUUGGACACCAUUAAGGAGAAGAAUAUUGAGAAAAAGCUCUCCCACUGGUUGUUUGUCAAGAGUUUCUAGUUGCUAUGAUUUUAAGUAGGGUUGCGAUCAAACUACAACCGACACUUGUAAUUUGUGGCGAUUUAGUCUGGUUAAACAAAACUGUCCACAAAUUGCAGGUGUUGGCUGAAUGUUCAACAACUGAAUGUCUAUCCAUCGUUUUUUCUUUUGUGUAUGGUUAGUAAUUCAUGAAAAUAUUACAGCUUUAUGUGGUGAUUAUAUGUAAAGGAGUUAAAGAGAGUUUAGUUGUGGCAUGCCUAUUAUGUGCAUGUGUAUUGUAGGUAAUUAAGAGCCUUGUUUUUAUAUUGGAACUUUAUGUACCUGAGUAGAGCUGCCCAAAUGAAACUAUUAACUAUGAAGCCCUUUCUUCACGGGGCUCUUUGUUUAA